AAUGAGUGAAAGGCGUCGGAGACAGAAAGGCGUAACACCGGAGUCCUUUUCCACCGGAAAUAGCCGGACGAUCUUUACAGAGGGGAAAGGAGUAGUUCAAAGAAACACGAAAACCAGCUUGUAACGUUUGAAUUAAUUACAUAAGGGUAGCUAGUCUCUUUUAGCCACCUUGGCUAGCUAUUUAGGUAAUUGAGCCUUUUGCCAAACGUGUUUGAAGUCACCAGCCAUGGCAGAGCGUGGUGCACAUUUGACAGCUGCAGCUGCAGAUGACAGACCGUCGAUAUUCGAGGUCUUGGCACAGGACUCCCUGAUGGGUGCAGUCAGACCCGCCUUGCGACACGCAGUGAAGGUUCUGGCUGAGUCUAACCCCUCUCGCUACGGAUUCCUCUGGCGGAGAUUUGACGAGAUUCACAGUGUUCUCGAUGUAUUGCUUCAGCACCAUUUUCUGUCACGGACUAGCGCCUCAUUCUCUGAGAACUUUUACAGCCUAAAGCGCGUGGCUGCUUCUGGUCGCGAGCGGCCAGCUCACCUGGGUCUGCGUGGGAAACACCACUGGUGCUCGCUGAUCCUGCUUGCCCUCGUUCCUUACUUGAGGGCCAAGCUGGAACAGGUACUGGCCAAGCAGAGGGAUGAGGACGAUUUUUCCAUCCGCCUGCCACAGACGCCCUUGCAGAGGAUGUACAGGGCCUUCCUGGCAGCCUACCCCUAUGUCAGCGUGGGCUGGGACAGCUGGGUGUUCUGCCAGCAGCUGUUGUAUGUGUUUGGCCGAGCCAAGACCCACUCACCAUUUCUGUGGCUGGCAGGUGUCAGGCUGGCUCACCUCACAGGACAUGACAUCACAAAUAUGGACCUCAAACCAGCCUCGCCUUCCAGGGCCAUCGGCUCAAGUGUUGGUGAGAGGCUGCGGAGGCUGACGUCGACAGUGGUGGGGGGUGUGGCUCUGUCCCUCUCCACUAGUCUUUCCUUGGGAGUGUUUUUCCUGCAGUUCCUCGAGUGGUGGUACUCCUCAGAGAACCAGAGCACCAUCAAGACCUUGACCUCCCUCCCCACACCACCCCCUCCCAUCCACCUCCAGAACCAAGAACCACUGACCAGACACAGCAAAGCAUGUCCACUCUGCUGCAAGAUCCGCACCAAUGAUACCGUCCUCUCCACCUCUGGGUUUGUCUUCUGUUACCGCUGUAUUUAUGUCUACAUCAAAGCCAACCAGAGGUGUCCGAUGACUGGGUACCCCACUGAACUUCAGCAUCUCAUCAAGAUUUACUCACCAGAGAGCUAGAGAGAAUCUUAUUUUCAUUCCAAUGAAGGACUUUGACAAUCAUGUCACAAUGAAAAUUUAUACUGUAAUUGAUUUGUUAGUUGACUAUAUCCCUUAUGACCACUUGUAAAUAAUUUAAAGCACUAACGUAUCCCUAGCCGUCAUAAUAGUUUAAAUGCCCAGUGCAGAUAUUUUUCUCUAUCGACUCCCUUUUUUCUAUAUUUACAACUUAGGUCAGAUAUGCUGGCCUAUGGAGUCCCUUGGGAAACCCAACUACUGAAACAUCCAAUGAUGGGAAUUAUCAAUAAAUUAUGUGGGCUCCCGAAAGGACUGAUCUCUCUAAUAUAUAAACAACUUUUGGAAAGCUCAUUCUGAGCUAGCCAUUAAAGUAUAGUCCACAGAUCGAAUGGAAUCUGAACUAUGCUUUAACUGGCACAGAAUAUGGAAAAAUAUUACAUUGGCAUCCUGUAAUCUUAACCAUCAAUUUAUACAUUUUAAUUUUGUUCACACACUAUUUAACACUAACUGUUCAUGUGUCCCCUAAAUCGGGUAGAUGCAUUUCUUCAUAUGACGUGGGAGUUAAAUGCUUUUGGGGGGAAGUUAGAAUUUAUUUUUAAGAGCAUGAAUUUAAAUAUUAAAUGCUUUCGAUCUAUGUUAAUGAUUAUAGCCCCUUGAAUCUCUCAAUCAGAGAAGAUUACUGCGGGCAGGCAGAACCAAAAAUAUAAGCACAAUGUGUAAAGUGUUGGUCCCAUGGUUCAUGAGCUGAAACAGAUGAUCCCAGAAAUUUUUCAUAUGCACAAAAAGCUUAUUUCUCUCAAAUUUGGUGCACACAUUUGUUUACAUCCCUGUUAGUGAGCGUUUCUCCUUUGCCAAGAUAAUCCAUCUACCUGAUCGGUGUGGUAUAUCAAGUUGAUAAAACAGCAUAAAAUUUACACAGGUGUAUCUUGUGUAGGGGACAUUAAAAGGCCACUCUAAAAUGUACAGUUUUGCAACACAAAACAAUGCCACAGAUGACUGAAGUUUUGAGGGAACGUGCAAUUGGCGUGCUGACUGCAGAAAUGUCCACCAGAGCUGUUGCCAGAUAAUUGAAUGUUUAUUUUUCUACCAUAAACUGCCUCCAACAUAAUUUUGGAGAGUUUGGCAGUGCAUCCAAUAGGCUUGGGCUAUACAGGGGAAUUUGGAAAUAGCCAUGGGAUGGUUUUUCAGUAUUGCCAAUAACGUUGACACUAUUUUAAGUUGUUCAAUAAAUGUUAAUAUUUGUAACUAC